AUGAGGAAGACGCGUGAAGUGGUAGCGUAUUACGUGUCACUGUGUAGAAGCAUAAAGCGUCUAAGCUUAAUUGACAUGAUCACCAGGAAAGUCCAGAUUAACAAAUGUGAGUCGGUCAAGUUGAAUCACGCAUCAGGAGUGGACGUAACGUUGACUGACUCAUCGGCACGUCGACAAUUAUACAGUGCGGUAGCAAUGAACCUUCUAGCGAAAUUGAAGCUAAGAAAGUUGGAUGAAUUCAAGCGUGUACUAUCGGAUGGCCAAAUAACCGAAGAACUUAGACUCUCAUUUUUAAAUGAAACAUACACUAAAGAGGAAUUGUUCAGAUGUAUUAGUUAUGUUGCUGCCGAAACAAUACGUUUUACCAAUGCUGAGUUUCAGUCUAUCGCCAACAUAGCUUUAACCAACCCUGUAAUCACCCCUAAACAAAAGGCCAGAAUUGAGAAGUGGAAAAUCAAUAGGCAAAGUGCCGUAAGAAAAAGAAGGGUGGUCGGAAGAUAUUAUGGAGGAUACAAUCAUGACAGCGAAGAUGAUUAUUGGGAUUAUAAUUAUUAUUAG